GGCGUUGAAUAAACAUUUGAGGUCACAUGACACAUCUCCGCACCAUUCAGCGAGCCUCCCACAAGCUGUGCUGGUUUCCGCUCUGGGUGACGAGUUUAUUCUAGGCCUCGGCAGGAUCCGACGACAGCUUCACAGAGAUCAUGGAGGCGUCGAUGGCCACCGGUCCCGCAGCAAACGAGCCUGCUACAAGCGAGGGCAUACUAAUAGGGGAUAAAGUGUACUCUGAAGUCUUCCUCACCAUCGAUAACUCUUUGAUUCCAGAGGAGAGUAUGUCCCCGACCCCGUCGAUGCAGGACGGCCUCGAUCUGUCCACCGAGACGGACCUGCGUAUCCUGGGCUGCGAGCUCAUCCAGUCCGCCGGGAUCCUGCUGCGACUGCCGCAGGUGGCCAUGGCGACCGGACAAGUGCUGUUUCAUCGAUUCUUCUACUCGAAGUCUUUCGUGAAACACAGUUUUGAGAUUGUUGCCAUGGCCUGUAUGAACUUGGCUUCAAAGAUCGAAGAAGCCCCUCGACGAAUAAGGGACGUCAUCAACGUGUUUCAUCAUUUAAGGCAGCUCCGGGGCAAAAGGAGUCCAAGUCCACUGAUACUUGAUCAGAACUACAUAAACACCAAAAACCAGGUGAUAAAAGCUGAACGGCGUGUGCUGAAGGAGCUGGGCUUCUGCGUCCACGUCAAACACCCUCACAAGAUUAUCGUCAUGUACCUGCAAGUCCUUGACUGUGAGAAGAACCAAACGCUGGUCCAGACAGCCUGGGUAGUCCAUGAUGGUAAGUGUCAUAAAGAACCUCUGAACUCUGCUCCUCCAACCACAUGACCUCAGGAAUCUCCCCUCAUUGGCUGCCCUUCUCGAGACAGCCAAUCCAGUGAGAGCUCUCUGCCCGAGAAUCACUGCAGGGGGCCUUUUCCAGCUGCCAGCAGCAUCUCGUUUUCUUGCACUUGUCCAAAAGGAUUUGUAUUUUUGUUUUUGCUUCAAGACUCCAAAUUUUGAAUUAAAUUAUUUGGUUUUUAAAAGGUGGUUUUAAAGCCUGGAUAUUUGCUUUUUAUUAUUAGACCUCACCUACGACUAGAUUUAGUUGGUCUUUGUUUUUUGUUUCCUAAAUGUACUCCAGUUUAAAGGGUAAGUCACCCAAAAGUGCUAAGUGUUUUUCACCAUGAUGUCUUCUCAAACCCAUAUGAUUUUCUUACUUCAAUAGAACAGAAAAGGAGAAAAAACCAUGUUGCUUAUUCCCAUACAUUGAAAGCAUAUAGUGUCCAGAUGCUGUCAAGCUGUGGAAAGGGCGAGAGCUAGUCCAGACUUGGUCUCUUUAUUCCAAAUUUCAAGAUAAAUCCUAUCCUCUCUGAACUCAUUUGUACUACUGCAUAUUCAAAUUUGGUUUGUCUUAUUUUGAUAUGCUAAGUAAUUGAUAUUGUACAUCCAACCGAUUGUUAUCACAUAAUAACCCCCUUCAGGGAUCUAAAUUAUCCCGCUUAUAGCACUGCCACAUAAGUAAAUAAUUAGACGCAAUCUAUUGAUUUGAGGUUGAAAUAUUUGAACACUAAUGUGAAAACAGCAGUUACAAGGAAGCAGCAGGUUCAAAAUAAACGGAUGUUUAAGGAAUACAGUCACAGCACUUAUUACACAUUUCACCACAUGAAUAAUUAUAUCAAUAAAAGAUAAGACACAAAUGUUUUGAAAUCUUACCAGUUUGUUAGCUACCUUAUAACCCCAUUACAGAAUACAAAACAAUCGUAUUAUGUCAGCAUCUGUGUUUGUAUUAAACGAGAGAGCGCGAGUCCACGAUACCAGGAUGGCAUAAAAAAUUGUACACCUAAUAUGAUAUAGAUUUAACAAUUUAUUACCUAGACAAGCUUCUAAGAAAAACUGUUCCUAGCGAGCAUAUAGCGCUUACUUCAGCUACCCGGAUCAGCCUGUGUUAUUAGCUUUUACCGCUUAAAAACAUACCUCGGUGUGUUGCGACUGACUAAUCAGAAUCAAGUAUUCCACAGAGCUCAAUAUAACUCAAUAUAUGUUUAAACAAAUGAUAUAACAACUUCACACUCAAAGCUAUUAUAUGGCUUCAGAAGACUUUUCAUGGUUUUAUGUUCAUUUUGGUCUCUGCUCACCUUAUGCAUCCAUUGUAUGUAUCUUGAUCUUGUUAAAUAUUUCUCCUUUUUGUGUUCCACUGAGGAAAGUUCCAUAGGUUUAGAAUGACAUGAUGGUGAGUAAAUUAGUUUUCAUUUAUGAUGAAGCAUUG